AUGACCAUGACUUUCUUUGGGAUGAGAUUUUGUAAUUGGGCCUUUAUUCCACCCAUUUCCUCAAUUAUUGUAUUAUUAUUAUUACUACAUAAUAUUGAACUGAAAAAUGAAUUGACACUGAUUGCAGACUCGACGCGAAUCCUGUUCGCUAUGUGGUGGAUAUUCAUUUUAAUAUUGACGUCUUUUUACACGGCGAAUCUUACUGCGUUUCUUACGAGGCCACAGUUUACCUUGCCGAUUAACGAUUUAAAAGAUAUAUUGCGUAAAGGUUAUCAGUGGAUUGCUUAUAAAGGGCGCACAAUCGACUUUAUGCUUUCUGAAUUCGACGACGUUGAGGAUUUAAAUCUCUUAAACGUUACAAGAUGGAAGGAUCACUAUAUUACGUCGUACGAGUAUCCGGUUGAUGAUAUUUUUAAUGCUGUGGAGAAGAACAAAUUGUUCCUUGGGGAGAAUUAUUACCUCCAAACUCUAAUAUUCGAGAAUUAUAUCAACAAAACCCGCCAACACCUGCACCAUCGGAACAGAUGUACAUACGUUAUUAUGCCUAAUACGAUUUUGGUGAUCAAUAAAGCAUUCGCCUUUCCCGUAAAUUCUACUUUGGAGAAACCAUUUAAUAAAGAAUUGAUAACUUUAAUGGCAUCUGGUAUAAUAAAGCGCGAGAAACUGAAGAAUCUGCCAAUUGCGCAGAUAUGUCCGCUGGAUCUUCGAUCCAGCGAAAGACGAUUGUCAUUUUCCGAUUUAUCCUUGACAUUUAAAGUGGUCAUCGCUGGAUAUAUAAUUGCGAUGGUGAUUUUCGUUCUCGAGAUAUCAAUUAAUUGGUUGGCGAAGUCUUACAAACGGCGAAAGAAAACUGGCAAAUGGUGCGAUCGCACGUUCUCCUGCAAGUGGAAACGGAAAUCAAAUGAUUCUUUGAUCCCGCGAUUGGUGUAUACCACCAAGAAUCAGCUGUUCGACAAACGGAACAUACAGCCACCGUCUUUAAACAUUCCAUACGAUAUCGCUCAGGGAAAGAAGCAUUGCAUUAAUGGGCGUGAUUAUUAUAUCGUGUUCGAUCGUUAUGGUGAUCAAAGAUUAAUACCUAUUCGUACGCCAUCAGCGUUUCUGUUUCAAUACACAGCGUAA